CGGUACUAGCUCAUCGCAGAAGUUCAACUAUACUUCAAUGCACGAACAGUACAACUACUUCAAUGCACGAAUUUCUGACCGUAAUGACGAUGUUGAAUCUACUGUUGACUCAGUGUCAUUGCAAAUUGGUCCAAUGCAAAGAAUAUCAUGACGAGACUCAUUCCCCUCUUUCUACAAUCCGACGCAAGAAGACCUAAUGCGACUGAGACAAUGUCAAGGACAGAAAAACUCACUCUAUCGCUAUCCAUCAUGAAAGAGCCCCCGACGUGUGAAUGGGAAAACAACAAAUGCGAUGAUCGAGGUCGUGCAAAAACUUGUUCUCAGAUAGCGAUCGGUUCAGGCACUACACCACCAAAUUGAUGUCAAGGUCCUUAUAAAAAAUGCAAGAACUACCUCAAGUAGAACAUUGAUUGUUCUGACAUAUUCAUAAUUCGGUCGAAGAUAAAUACGCUUAAGCGCGCUGUUAUUCGCUCCUGUGCGCGAAAUUUUAGAAUACGGUAAGUCACCAGUAGUUGUCCGGCGGUCGCAGCCAUUUUAUUAUAUUUUUGGCCAAACAAAAGCUCUUCAGCGACUAUAAGGUAGAAGUUGAAAUUUAGAUUUUAAAUAAGGCACCGUUUUUGGAUGGAGAGAGGAACUAUUACCAUUGCGCUUCGAGUAAAUUUACCUCUGCGAGGAGAUCGAGUUAAGAUUUUUGGUCGUUCUUAUUAUUCUAGUUUGAUAGCUGUAGCUAGUUCUUCUGCAGCCUUUGUCAUAGAUUUUUUUUCGUUUCACCUUUCGAGCCGGUAUCUUAAAUUUUUCAAAAAAAAUUAUUAUACCGUUUAAUACGCACUAUAUCGAAGAUGAGCUCAGCAACUCCUGCUCGCAGAAAUUUCAGUCGUGUGAACAAAAAGAUUCACUUGAAUUUCUUCGAUUUUGCGCAAGAUGAUGAGGAUGCAGAGGUGGGGGCUCUUCCUGAUGCUCUUCCACCAGCUGUAGAGGCCACACGAGGACCUCCUUCACCAGGUCCACCUCGUGCAGCUGGUGCUGAUUAUACGAAAACGUUGACUACCGCGCCGACGAUGGAGCUUCAUUCAGGUUCUAGCAUAGAAGUCUCUAUGGAGGUUUUUUCGUCAUCAACAAUUACCACUGCUGGUGAAGUAAACACCAGUUCUACUCCUAGCGCUAAUCCGAAGGACAGCUACAAGAAUAAACCUACUAUGUUAUUAACCAACAACACGGUGCCCCCGCCCGUCCCACGGCGGUUUCAUAUUUCCCCUCCAUCGUCUCCCACCUGGAGCUGUGCUUCUACUUUUUUUUAUAAGGACUACAAUAAUAUUGAAACUUGUUCUGAGAGAAGUUAUGCUGUUCGUUCUCAUUGUGGUCACGUAGACUACACACGCAGUCGCAGUCGAGACGUACUUUUAGAUGAAGUGGACAGUGUUGUUGUACGAGGGCCAGAAGCUGCUGCUGCUGCACAAGUGGACGAGCGGCCUCGCCAACCAGGGCGACGUGGUCCGUGCUAUGAUUUUGUCUCCGAAAAAACGAAAUUCAUAGCUGAAAGACGAGACGUUGGUGGUACUAGUACUGGUGGACCUCUACAUAGAAGUAGAACAACAAGUAGCUGCUUUUUAUUAGAGAAUUCAGAAGUUUCAAAUACCGUAGUUUUUUCACAAGAGCAAAAAAAGGACCACCUAAAGAACAGCUACUUCCCGAAUGAACUACGUGCGAAUUAUAGUAGUACCGGCCACGAAGGAGCUGCACUUCUCGAUGCCACGAACAAAGAUAACUCGUGGCCUUCAGCUCGUUUAAGCGAAAGAACCGCGUCCUCUGCGGCGGCUCAGCAGGGCGAGAGCGUCGACGAACCCCGUCAUGAUCUAGAAGUGCCUGAGGUUUUCGUGCAGGACGAGGAGUUUAUUUUUCCGAAGAUACUAAAUGAAACCACGCGCACGUCGACCUCAACAUCCACUGAAGAAGUAGGUGUGAAGCCACUACUUGCUGCAGAAGAGGUUUUCGACGUCGACAGAUCAUCUGUAUUGCCGCGAAAAAAUAUAAGCACGACCAAGAGCUUGAGCUGGAGCGUUGACGAGGACCCUAAGAACGUGAACGGCGGCCCCAGAGUAGAUGUUGUAGAAAGAGUCUCUACUACACCUCCGGACCCUACCCCCAGAACCACUGUGAGCUCCGGUAGCAGUAGAAGUAGCAGUUCUGAGGAUCACGACGUCGUCGAAAGAGGUGACGAAUUUGGUAUCGGGGAGGAGGACCACCACCACGAUCUUCACGAAGGAAGAGAAAGUUGUUUCACUUUCACCCCCGCCCCGUCGUCUGCUGCAGCUGCUGAGCCUCCAGUCGACGACUCAAUUAUAGAGGAACUGGAAGUAGACGUAGAGGAACAGGACCAAAUAGACCACGAAGAGCUGCCUGUGACUGCUUGUACUUCUUCUACUUCUUCCACCGAACCUCCGGAAAGAACAAGCUUCGGCAAUUUGUAUAAUUCCAGCGACAAGAAAAACAUUCGUAAUUAUCCGGAGCACGUCCACGUCACCAGCGGUUCCGCAGUCGCGGAGAACUCUUGUGAAGAAGACAAAGAUCGCUCUGAAGAAAAUAUUUCGUCUUUGUCCCGCCGCCCCCGCGACGAGGUCUUAUCUUCUGCACCCUGUUCAUCAUUCACACAAAAUUUUACGCAGCAAGUAGAGUUAACAGACCCAAAAAUAACUACUUCAUCGUCUCCGGCGGCUGCGACGACCUCCACACCCGAAGAAGAUCAACAUGACGUCGACCCUGAAGUAGAACCACUCCUUUCAUCCAACACGACUUCAAAACUACGAACAACCUCCCCUCGAAUCAAAACCUCCAGCCGUUCUGCUGCUACAGCGGUACUAUUUGGCGCAGUUGGAGACACCAGCACCACUCCGGGGGCUAGGCCGAGGCGCAAUAGUGAGGAAGAUUCGGUAGACCGCGGUGAAGAUCGGCUAGAAGAACUUGAAGAAGAAGACCACGAGGAGUCCUCCGGGGUGGACCACGGAUCGGAAAGAGAGAACAACUGUAACGACAAAAACUACAUCAGUGCAACAAGAAGUCCUACUAGCACAGCAGCCAGUUCUUGUACUAGCUCAGAGGACGGAGAAGAACUUCUUGCAGAAGGAGGGACUACACCAGAAGGGGCUAGAUCUACAGCUCAACAAGACGAGCAGCAGAAGUUCAGCUCCCGCUAUUACCAGAAUUCCCUGUUCUACCGAGGCAUGUCUCUCCCCGAGGUCCGCGUGAAGCCCUCCGCCGCGUAUACGGCGGAAGUGGUGGUCCUGAUAACGACACUGGGAACAAAACGAACGGAGUUCAACGCGGGACAGCGCGCCCGGGAUUUGCUGGAAAUAAAACGAGCGCACUUUAAAAUCAUCGACUUCAACCGGGACGCGAGGGCACAAAGUAUAUAAUUAUCGAAAUCCAUCUUUUGUAGCGAGUAGUUUGCGGGGCGUUACAAGUAUGCUCUCUGUGCCUGGUGAAGAAAGCGUAGUGGAUAGGAGUGUAUGGUCGUCGUGGUUAGUUGUUGUCAUACGUGUGAACAUGCUUCACCAGCACCGCACCACAGCAUAAAAUAAUUCAACACCCGAAUCAUGAUCCAACAAAUUCAUGAAAAAUAAAAUCACAGCUACCGUCGUCCAGGGCAAGGCAAUAGCGAAACUUUCCAGCAUACGAAAACGAAAAAAACUUGGUUCGGCAUCUUCGCAUCAGAGUUUGCGUAAAGUGUUUGUUUAUUCAACGCGAAUCAACAUCGCUCGAGGGUAAGGAGAAGGACGAGUCAACUUUGCAUUCUGACGAGGAGACGAGCAGGAUAGUGACUUACACAAAAUCAGGAGAACAACGAACCGGAUACAACAAAACCAUCGCUUUAUUCUUGCAUCUAAAAAUCUGCACCGAUCGAAGAAUUUUUCGUUUUCAAAACCGGAGCAGUCGAAAUGGAGGAGGCUCCACACCGACGACGAUGACGAUUUGAUACUACCCCAGAUUUUAUCAAAUGCAAAUAUGUCUGGGUCUGGAAGGUAGUUGCAAGAUUUGUCAUGUAGAUUUUCCAUAACCCAUGAGGUCUGGAGUGCGGGACCCAGCAUGACAGAUUCUUUGAGGUCUCUCCCAUGCCUAUGCUGCAUGAGAAACUCCCUCUCAACCUGGUCAAAAAAGGACAGCUUUUGGUGCUCAUGCAAGACAGAUUUUUUCACUAUUCAGAUUUAGCAUGAGAAGUUCAAGUUGCAAUCUUCCAGACAUCCCGGGAUAUUUGCAUUUCAUAGAUUUUCAUCGACGGGCUUUAUGUGGGAGACGCAGACGACCUGCAAGGGUUAGAGGACGACGGGCUACUAGAUGCGCUGCUGCGAAGGGAAAAGUGCCCGUGUAGGAACGGAAAAGCGGGAUUGUGUACUACUAAUUAAUACAACUUGGUUCAUCCGGUCGUGGUUGAUUUCUCAUGUAGGAAAAACAUUACGUACAGUCUGUGUCUGUCAUGCUUUUUAUGCAUAAGAUGAUUGUUCCGAAGAACACAACAUCAACCACUUCAGGUAACGCCGACCGAGAAGAGGAUCAGAAGAACUGUGGCCGGUGCGGCGAGCGUUUCCAAGAGCUGCUCCCGGGCGCUUUCACAUUUGGUAUGAAAGUACGCGAGUGUGAGGAGUACGAGAGGUUUGUCGGAUAAAACAAGAAUACAGCGAAAAACUUCUUUCCGUACUAUAUCUAUCAGCACAAAAAACGCAGCGGGAAAACGAAAAAAUGAACUCCGAGCUUUUGCUUUUGAGCUCAACAUCAACAAUGGCGACAUCUUCUAUGGGAUAGAAUACGGAAUUACAAUUAUGAAAGUAGCCGUUUAUAACUGGC